CGAGGUUGUAAUCUGAGAAAUUGAUAUAAGGACGUUGGCGCAAGUUCCGGCCCGCUUGCAAGAUGGCUGCGCCCAGUGCUGAAUUCCAGCUUCGUGAGCGGCGCGGUGGAGAGCAGGAACGGGGCUGGGAUCCUGUGGCUCCCAAGCGGCCCCGACUCGGGGCGGGAAGCAAGAUUGGAGGCCGUAGGCUCAUUGUGGUGCUGGAAGGGGCCAGUCUGGAGACAGUCAAGGUAGGGAAGACUUACGAGCUACUCAACUGUGACAAGCACAAGUCUAUGUUGUUGAAGAACGGACGGGACCCUGGGGAAGUGAGACCAGACAUAGCCCACCAGAGUUUACUCAUGCUGAUGGACAGUCCUCUGAACCGAGCUGGCUUGCUACAAGUUUACAUCCAUACCCAGAAGAAUGUGCUGAUUGAAGUGAACCCCCAGACUCGAAUUCCCAGAACUUUUGACCGCUUUUGUGGCCUCAUGGUUCAGCUUUUACACAAACUCAGCGUUCGAGCAGCUGAUGGCCCCCAGAAGCUGUUGAAGGUAAUUAAGAAUCCAGUGUCAGAUCACUUCCCGGUUGGAUGUAUGAAAAUUGGCACUUCUUUUUCCACUCAAGUCGUUAGCGAUGUACGAGAGUUGGUGCCCAGCAGUGACCCUAUUGUUUUUGUGGUGGGGGCCUUUGCCCAUGGCAAGGUCAAUGUGGAAUAUACAGAGAAGAUGGUGUCCAUCAGCAACUACCCCCUUUCUGCGGCCCUCACUUGUGCAAAACUGACCACAGCCUUUGAAGAAGUAUGGGGGGUCAUUUGACAGUAGAAGACCCUUGUUCCGAAACAACAAAGACUGUUGUUAUCCCCUGA